CUUCACUUUUUUUUUUCUGUUUUCAUUUCCUUGCACUUCCCUCUAUAUCCUCCCUUCAUGUUAGAUUGCGGUGUUUGUCUUGAAUCCUUCAGUGGUAACGAGGUAUCAGCACUCCACUGUGGCCAUGUUUAUCAUACUUCUUGUAUCCAAUUGUGGUUGGCAACUAAACCAAGAUGCCCAAGCUGCAAUCAAGUUUGUACACAAAAUAAUCCUCUUAUACGACUCUAUAUGAGUUUUGAUCACAAUCAUAAUUUUACAUCACCAGAUUCACAAGACGACAUGACUCAAGAAGCACGAUUAAGAGACUCUUGCAACAAUCUUCGAAAACAAGUGGAAGAAGUCACUCAAAGGUUGAAGACUGAAAGACAGCUGAUGGAAAAAGCAGAAAAGGACAAGAAUUUAUAUUUGAACAAGGUCAACAUUUACAAAACUAUCAAAGGAGUGUUGGAUCUGGAAAAACGACUAGCUACUCCUCAACGACAAUAUCAGAUGCGACAAUGGAGAUCACUUCCAAGGGACGAACUUAGUUUGCUGACAUGUUCUUUAUAUGAACGCUAUCAAGAUUUGAAAAUGGAACUUGAAAACAAACACACACAAUUGGAACGAUCGUAUCAUAGAAUUAAUGAUUUAAAGAAAAAAUAUAAAAGAUCAAAAGCUAUGCAAAAUAUUAUCAACAUUGGAAUUGAUAAAUGUUCUCUAGAACGGAUUGGCCGACAUCGAUCUAUACGAUCGUCUGGGACAAACAAUAAGACAAAGGAACAUUUAAGUGCAAAGAAAUUCAGCAAACAACCUGCUAUACCUUUGGAUGUAGAAGAUGAUGAUACAAUGGAUGAAGAUGACCAAUUAAUAACACCAUUGACUACAGCCCAUCAGCAACAAGAGCAAGAUAAUCAAUAUUUAGAUAAUUCCACCAACAUGAUACAAUCCAGCAGUUCAUCAGCAAAUAGUCCACAGUAUAGGAUAAAUCUAUUAGAAGACAAUGAAGAUAACCAUUCCUCAAGAUCGUCCCAAAUGGAAUCUGAAAAUGAAAGCACAGAUAUGGAGGAAGAUUUGGAUCAUGGGAGUAAUAACGACGAUUACAUGGAAAGCAACGAUGACAUAUUUGACUCAUUACGGCAACAACAAUCAUUUUCGCAGACACCAGAAAUCAUUGACUCUGGCUCUGAUGAUGAUGAUCAUGAUGAUGAUGAUGGCAGGAGUAACAGCAACCAUUCAAGCAUUCCAAGGGUGAAUUUCCAAAGUCCAAAGCGACCUAUGACAACAUCAAGAAUAGGAUUACAGCGUGUCAUUGAAUUAUCAAGCGAUGACGAUGAACCCUUAUGAAAGCACCUAUAGUUAACAUAUACAUAUAUAGUUCCCCAGUCCUUAUACGACUAAAAUACCAAUCAUCAUCAUUCAUUUGAAACGUAGUGCUAGCGAAAUCAUCUAUCGUUUUUAAUAAACUAUUUAGAUAUUAUGAGUAAAAUGUCC